UAAGGCCAGUGGGAGAGGUUAUCUGGAGUACUGGAUGUGCUUGCUCAAGGGAUAGGGCGGCUUUAAGAGCUGGUCAAUAACGUGAAACAAACACAGCCAGCAGAGUGCAUUUGCGAAGCGCUGGCAGCUUCCUCUCGACAGAGGGUCCGCUGAGGUCUGUCCUAGUUUGAAACAGCAGAGCACAGCCUGUCACCAGUCCUUCCCUCUCUGCUUUGAUGGUCCUGUCUGGAGUAGUAGCCAAUAAUACUUCUAAAGCCUUCAGAUUCCUCGAGGUGCAAAAUGAUGACUGCGAUUUUGAAACAAGCAAAUCAAAUUUAAAACAAAAAGGUGAGGGGGAAGAAAGAAAAGGAAAAAAAAAAAAGUCAAGGUGAGAAGAAUGAAAAAGAGCUGCCUCGGAGCCUGGUACAGCUGCAGAUUGUCUUCCAAAUUCUCUGGCAGCAACUGGCAAACAGCACUAAAACAUCUUGCACCGCCCUUCGGCAGCGCACCUGGCCCAGCUAAGGACCGCGGAGCGGUUGGGGCUGGAGGCAGCUCUCGCCGUGCCCUCUAACUGCCUGGCUCGCUGCAGAGGUGCGGUGCGGUGCAGGCUCUCGUUCAUCCAGCCCGCCCAGGGCUGGCAUUCCAGGCUUUUAUUCUGAAGUGAUGAUGUCAGGCAGCUCUCUCCAGCCACCCAUCCGUGCUGGCUGCACAGAAUCAUCCUGGCACCGGUACCUUUCCUGACCAUCUCACAGCUGAUGCCUUCCCAGCGGAAUAUGUUUUCCAAACUCCUUUCGUCUGCCGCCAGGCUCCUGCUUGCCAAUUUGCAGCUUUUCCUCUACUCUUUGAUGCAAUUCAUUCCAGCAAGGAAGUGGGUGGCUGAGCCCCUGACAAUGGGAAAUCAACAAGCUAGAAGGAACAAAGAGUCAGCUACCAGGACUUCUCAGCAGGCACAAGGUUUAAAGAACUUCCCUGCCAGCCCACCAAAGGAGCAGAUCACCUUCCACACCCCCAAGGGUUUGCCAUGCAUCUCUCCCUUAAUUCAGACAGUAGAAGAGACCCCUCAGCCCAUCACAGCUAAGAUCAAAGGACAUAUUCCCAAAUGGAUUAAUGGCAAUCUUCUGAGGAAUGGGCCUGGGAAGUUUGAGUUUGGUGAAGAGAACUUUAACCACUGGUUUGAUGGCAUGGCCCUGUUGCAUCAGUUCCAGUUGGAGAAUGGUGCAGUGACAUACAGGAGCAAGUUCCUGCAGAGCAAUUCCUACCUGACCAACAGCCAGCACAACCGCAUCGUGGUCUCCGAGUUUGGGACGUUGGCGAUGCCAGACCCCUGCAAGAGCAUCUUUGGGCGCUUCCUGUCACGCUUUGAGAUGCCAUAUCCCAGUGACAACGCCAGUGUGAACUAUGUUGUGUACAAAGGAGAUUAUUAUGUCAGCAGUGAGAACAUCUACCUGUACAGAGUGGACCCAGAAACACUGGAAACGAAGGAAAAGGUGGACUGGAGCAAGUUUGUUGCGGUCAAUGGGACCACUGCUCACCCUCACUAUGAGCCUGAUGGGACAACAUACAACAUGGGCAACUCCUAUGGGAAGCAUGGCUCUAGGUAUAACAUCAUUCAGAUCCCUCCACAGAAGUCAAGCUGUAGUGACACCUUAGAGGGAGCAAAAGUGCUGUGCUCCAUUGCUCCAAUGGACAGGACGAAACCCUCCUACUAUCACAGCUUUGGCAUGAGUGAGAACUACAUCAUUUUCAUUGAGCAGCCCAUCAAGCUGAACCUGUGGCAGAUUAUCACUUCCAAGCUCCGUGGGAAAACCAUUCUGGAUGGGAUCAGCUGGGAGCCUCAGUACAAUACUUACUUCCAUGUGGUGAAUAAGCACACUGGGGAGGUGCUGCCAGGACAGUGGUGCAGCAAGCCCUUUGCCACGUUCCAUCAAAUCAAUGCCUUUGAAGAUGGUGGCUGUGUGGUCCUUGAUUUGUGCUGCCAGGAUGAUGGAACAAGUCUGGCUACUUAUAGACUGCAGAAUCUGAGGAAGAGUGGGGAAGGCCUAGAUCAGGUUUAUGGCUCCAUAGCCCGAGCUUUCCCUCGUCGCUUUGUCCUCCCGCUGAAUGUGGAUUCAGAGACCCCUGUGGGCAAGAACCUGAACCCACUGCCUUACAGCUUGGCAAGGGCUGUGAAAGAUGCAGAUGGCAAGGUCUGGUGCACACAUGAAAACCUUCACCCUGAAGGCUUUGAAAAGGUUGGGGGCUUGGAGUUCCCCCAGAUCAACUACUCUGGGUACAACGGCAGGAGGUAUCGCUACUUCUACGGGUGUGGCUUUGGGCACUUGGUUGGGGAUUCCUUGAUCAAGGUUGAUGUGGAGACCAAGAAUUUCAAGAUUUGGCAGGAGGAUGGAUCCUACCCAUCAGAGCCUGUGUUUGUGCCAGUGCCUAAUGCCACGGCAGAAGACAGUGGAGUCAUCUUGUCUGUUGUGGUCUCCCCCAUUGAGAACCAAAGUGCUUUCCUGCUUGUCUUGGAUGCAGAGACCUUCAGAGAACUGGGGCGAGCAGAAGUUCCCAUGCAAAUGCCUUAUGGAUUCCAUGGCAUCUUUGCCUCCCACUGACUGAAGCCUCUGGCACCUUGUGCAAUGCAGGGCUGGGUCAGGCUCAGAAGGAACCCUCUGCUUUCUCUCACCUCCCACCUUUGCAUUAUGCUCUGAAGGAAGAAACUGCUGCUUCCUCCAGUGUAACCUCUGAGUUAGAGCUACCAAUAUAGAGCAAAGGGUCUGGGGAAGGCAGAAGCUCCUCCACACCAAGAGUCCACUGCUCUGUCCUAAUUUUCUGACUAUCUUGAUAGAGCAGGUAGCAGCAGUUCACAAAGGCUGCCAGGUGUCAGGCUUGCAAGGGAGAAAAUGGAAAUGAAGAUGACAUCUCCUCCUCCUGGUAGCUAUGCACUCUGAAGGGAAGAGAGCAUCAGUGCCCAGAGCAGUGACUUUGGCUGACAUGUACAAAGCAGAAGAGAGGAGUAAGCCCAGCUAGUAACAGGUAGGCCCAGUGUAAUUUCACCCUCGUGUAAAGAUGGCCUUCAAUGAACUCCAGAGGCUGAAGCAAACACUUCCAGAAGCUCUCCUUGUAGUGCUUUUCUCUGCACCCUAAUGGCAUCUAACAAUAAAACCUUGUCAAGUUUC